GGAAAUCCUUUAGAAAAGUGGCGUUAAUCCCGAGAAAAGCUUUAACAACAUUUGCUUUCGUGUUUUAUAGCCAACACAACGACAUGCCGUCAUUAAGAACGGCUUAAGUGUCCAAAUACUUUUUGGAGCCACCGUAUAUUGACCUUUGACAGCGUGGCAGCCGGACGGGCUCUGAGCAGAUAAAGCGGAGCGGCGAUGGCCCACUGACACACAGCAGACAGACAGACAGAUAGCAAAGAGCCGCGGCGGAGCCACAGAUGAAGCUCAUGUGUGAGACACGGACAGACAAGGAGAGAGAGAGAGAGAGAGAGAGAGAGAGACUGAAAGAUUUGUGCUCUAAUAAUAUCCUCCACUGACAGAUUAGAGAUACAGAGACGCUCUGGGUUAAAUAAGGGAGCUCAUCUCUGUUCUGAUAUCAAUUAUCAGUUUGAGGACAACACAAACACUGGAAGUCGCCAAGAUGCCUGAGCAAGGGCAAGAGAGGAAGUCCAAGAUCUCGGCCUCAAGAAAGCUCAUGCUAAAGAGUCUGAUGGUGGCCAGAGCCAAGGAGGAGCUGGAUCAGGAGGUGCUAGAUAAAGAGGAGGAGAAGCAGAGGUAUCUGAUUGAGAAAGUUCCUCCUCUGCAGACGCAGGGCAUGUCCUUCGCUGAGCUUCAGGAACUCUGUCAAGAGCUCCAUGCUAAGAUUGAUGUGGUGGAUGAGGAGCGCUAUGAUAUUGAAGCCAAAGUCUUACUGAAUAAGCGUGAGGUCAAAGAUUUGAACAUUAAGGUUCUGGACCUGAGGGGGAAGUUCAAGCGGCCCACCCUGAGGAGGGUGAGGGUGUCAGCAGACGCCAUCCUCCGAUCUCUCCUAGGCUCAAAGCACAAAGUCUCCAUGGACCUACGAGCCAACCUAAAAUCGGUGAAGAAAGAGGAUACUGAGAAGAAGAGGCCAGUUGAGGACAGCGACUGGAGGAAGAACGUGGAGGCCAUGUCUGGUAUGGAGGGAAGAAAGAAGAUGUUUGAUGCAGCAAAAGGCCCCACCCAGUGAAACCUUGUCUAAUAAAGUUAACGCUCAAGUUAUGCAAUGCAUUGUUUGACAACAAAACAGGAUUAGGUUUAGAGUUACCUACAAAAUAUACCAUUAAAUACCACAUACACUGUUAUUUCAGGUGUCUUUGAUACGAUUGUAAUUGUAAUUCACUGCAGCUGCUCAGCUUUGGCGCAAAUCGUUACGCAACUUUCCUGUGGCCAAAAAGUAAAUAAUUACUAGCCUAGUUUAUCUUUUAUUGUGUCAAUAUUCAGUUAUUGGUUAUUAGUCAGUGGAAGGGCGUACCAGUGUAUUAUGAGAAUAAACAAAGAGAAAUCUUCGUUGAUGUACAAUUACAUAUGUUUAAUCUUUCCGAAGGGUUCCCAUGCUCCGUUUGGCGUGGUUUUCUGCGAAUUGUUGUUUACGAAAGUGCAUAUUUCGGACUCCCUGUGCUGAAAGUGUAACAUAAAAAGCACAAAAAGCCAAUUCGGUAUGCACGCGCUUGCGAAAAGGUGUAUAAUAACAGAGCCGGAAUAGCGUGAUAACGUCUUUGUGCAUGCUGUAAUACAGUAAAGCGGCUAAAGAAUUCA